CAGGGCUCCGCCCCCUCCCGCGGACUCAAAGCGGACGGCGUCCGCUGAGGCGGGGUCAGAGCGCCGGCGGUAGAUCGCAUCGCUGCUGUUCGGAGCCCGCCGCCUACCAGCGCCCCGGCGGGGCAGAGCAGGAACAGGCACCAUGGAUUCCUUCAAGGUGGUGCUAGAAGGGCCAGCACCUUGGGGCUUCCGGCUGCAAGGGGGCAAGGACUUCAAUGUGCCCCUCUCUAUCUCCCGGCUCACUCCUGGAGGCAAAGCUUCUCAGGCCGGAGUGGCUGUGGGAGACUGGGUGCUGAGCAUUGAUGGCGAGAACACAGGAAGCCUCACGCACAUUGAAGCCCAGAACAAGAUCCGUGCCUGUGGGGAACGCCUCAGCCUGGGUCUCAGCAGGGCCCAGCCAGUUCAGAGCAAACCGCAGAAGGCCCUGGCCCCUGCCGCGGAACCCCCGCGGUACACCUUUGCACCCAGUGCGUCCCUCAACAAGACGGCUCGGCCCUUUGGGGCCCCCCCGCCUGCUGACAGCGCCCCGCAGCAGAAUGGGUGCAGACCCCUGACAAGUCAACAGCCGCCCCGACCGCUGGUCCCCGAUGCCAGCAAGCAGCGGCUGAUGGAGAACACCGAGGACUGGCGGCCACGGCCAGGGACAGGCCAGUCCCGCUCCUUCCGCAUCCUUGCCCACCUCACGGGCACCGAGUUCAUGCAAGACCCGGAUGAGGAGCACCUGAAGAAGUCGAGAUCUUGCAGCCAGGUGUCCAGGACAGAAGCCCCAGUCCCAGCCUCAACUACAGCCCAGGAACCCUGGCCUGGCCCUACCACCCCCAGCCCCAGCAGCCGCCCACCCUGGGCUGUGGACCCUGCAUUUGCCGAGCGCUAUGCCCCGGACAAAACAAGCACCGUGCUGACCCGGCACAGCCAGCCAGCCACACCCACCCCUCUGCAGAACCGCACCUCCAUUGUGCAGGCUGCUGCUGGAGGAGGCCCAGGAGGGGGCAGCAACAACGGCAAGACUCCUGUGUGCCACCAGUGCCACAAGGUCAUCCGGGGCCGCUACCUGGUGGCACUGGGCCACGCUUAUCACCCUGAGGAGUUUGUGUGCAGCCAGUGUGGGAAGGUCCUGGAGGAAGGCGGCUUCUUUGAGGAGAAGGGGGCUAUCUUUUGCCCUCCCUGCUAUGAUGUGCGCUACGCCCCCAGCUGUGCCAAGUGCAAGAAGAAGAUCACAGGCGAGAUCAUGCAUGCCCUGAAGAUGACCUGGCACGUGCAUUGCUUCACCUGUGCUGCCUGCAAGACGCCUAUCCGCAACAGGGCCUUCUACAUGGAGGAAGGGGCACCCUACUGCGAGCGAGACUACGAGAAGAUGUUUGGCACCAAAUGCCGUGGAUGUGACUUCAAGAUUGAUGCUGGGGACCGCUUCCUAGAGGCUCUGGGCUUCAGCUGGCAUGACACAUGCUUCGUUUGUGCGAUAUGUCAGAUCAACCUGGAAGGAAAGACCUUCUACUCUAAGAAGGACAAGCCCCUUUGCAAGAGUCAUGCCUUCUCCCAUGUGUAAGCCCAGGACUCGCUCAGCCUAAAGAGUGAGAGGUCUGGAGUCAUUGCCCCCAACAUUUCUGGGUAGGGCUGGCAAUGGUUGCCCCAACCCCAACUCCUGGCCAGAGCCUGGGGUUCCCUGGACCCUGUCCCAACCUCUUCACUUACCCCAUACACACUUCCUCCACCACCAUCACAUUACCGGUGCUGGCCACACCGGCCCCUGUUCACCUCCAGUGCCACAAUAAACCUGUAUCUAGCUGUG